AUGGAAUCAGCACCUAUUGCUAAUAUUGAGACCCAAAAAAAGAUUAUUGAAGACCAGUUAGAAGUCUUACAGCCAGAGGAACAAAAGGCUGACAUUGGUAUAAGUGGAAAUGGUAUCGUAAAUCUUCAAGUGAAUUAUGAAAAAGAAGAGAUAUCUUAGAGAUUUAAGAUAUCUGAGCAUGGACCUAUUUAAGUUGAAUAAGCUAUGAAUCAGCUAUGGAAAGAUUUUAGAAUUGAAGAAACUGACUCUUCGUUAACUAUCAACUUUAUUGCAGAGUUUGAGCUUCCUAUAUUUAGAGGCUAGUCUAAAGGUGUCAAAGAAUAGCAUGAGAUAUAGCUUGUUAAUCUUCCAGAAUCAGGUUUUGAAAUCAUUUAUAUCUUUGAUGGGGCAGAGAUCUUAAGAAUUAAUCAUAACUAGCUAUUAUCAUUAGAAAAGUAAAGGCUUGAUGAUGAAAUUUAUCAAACUGAUUCAACAAAGUUUGCAGAAGAUAAAGAAUCUCUAAUCUAAGAAGCAUUGUGGAAUGAACUUAAAGAGAAAAUUCCUACUGGCCCUUAAGCAAUAUCAUUGGAUAUCAAUUAUCCAGAAGGGACACAUCUCUAUGGCAUUCCAGAGAGAAUCAAUACAUUUAUGCUUCAGGAUACAGUUGAAGAAGAUAAUCUUUCUAAAGAACCUUACAGACUUUACACUUCUGAUCAUUUUGACGAUAAGUAUAACUAUCAUUCUGUUUAUGGGUCAAUACCUAUUAUGAUAGCAAGAUAAAAUGGCAUUGAUAGAGUCACAGGAAUACUUUGGUCUAAUUCUAGUGAUUCAUUUGUAGAUAUCUUCAAAUAGAAAGGAUAUAGAACUAGUCAUUGGAUGAGUGAGUCCGGGUCUUUACAACUUUUCAUUUACCCUGCAUAGAAUCCAAAAAUUUUAGCUUAUAAGCAAUAAUUAUUAACUGGCAAAACUGAGAUUCCUCCGAUUUUUAGUCUAGGUUAUCACUAAUGCAGAUGGAACUACAUGACUUAGGAAGAAACUUUAGAGGUAUCUACAUUGAUGACUUAACAUUAAAUACCCUGUGAUGUUAUAUGGCUUGAUAUUGAGUAUUCUGAUAAGAAAAAAUACUUUACUUGGGAUAAAGUUUCAUUCCCUUCAGGAAAGUAAUUGUUAGAGCAAUUAAGAGAUGACAAAAGGAAACUUGUCACUAUAAUAGAUCCUCAUAUUAAGGUAGAUCCAGAUUAUUUUGUAUACAAGGAAGCUUAAAAAUAAUAAUUAUUGGUCUCUACUUGUGAUCCCAAUUAGGAAUAUGAAGGCCACUGCUGGCCAGCUAAGUCUGUUUGGAUUGAUUUUAUGAAUGAUAAGGCAAGAGAAUAUGUAAAGUCUUUGUAUUGCAGAGUGCCUGAUGAUGUAGAAGACAAGGCUAACUAUGUAUGGACUGAUAAUGAUGUGCAUAUUUGGAAUGAUAUGAAUGAACCAGCUUGUUUUGAUCCUUUCGAAAAGUCCAUGCCAAAAUCAAACACUCAUUUGCUUGACAAUAAAAGAAUCGAGCAUAGAGAUGUUCACAAUGUUUAUGGGUACUAUAAUACCUAGUCAACAUAUGAAGGUCUAGUUGAGAGAGGGUAGGCUAAUUUAAGACCAUUUGUUCUUACAAGAUCAUUUUUUGCAGGCAGUCAAAAAUAUGCAGCAGUCUGGAGUGGAGACUGCAGGAGCGAUUGGGCUCACUUUAAGAUGGGCAUUCCCAUGCUUUUAUCAAAUAGUAUUUGCGGUAUUAGUUUUGUUGGAUCAGAUGUGCCUGGAUUCUUCAAUGAUCCUGAAGAUGAAGAAUUAGUAGUUAGGUGGUAUCAGGUCGCUUCAUUCUUUCCUUUCUAUAGGGCUCAUGCUCAUCAUGAUACUAAAAGAAGAGAACCAUGGACAUUUGAGCCGACUAUUUGUAAUGCUAUUAGGGAAUCUAUUGAGCUAAGAUACAAGAUCCUUCCUCAUGUGUAAGUUUUAAUCAUUAACAAUUUUAUGAGUAGAUAUACUGUCUUUUAUGAGGGAUAUAUGCAAGGAUAGUCAUUAAUGAGACCAAUGUGGCAAGAAUUUCCAUCUGAAGACAGAGUUGACUAGAUUGAGGAUUAAUUUAUGUUUGGAUCUUAACUUCUGGUGAAACCCCCAUCAAAGACUAACUUGCAAUAGUAAACUAUUCUGAAUAAGAUUACUAACAUGUUUUUAGAAUCGAAAUAUUCUGCCCAAAUGACUCUAUUUGGUAUGAUUUCUUUUCAGGCAAAAAGCUAUAAGCUGAGGGUUAAUAUAUUAAUUACAAAUUAUCGCUGA